ACAGCUGUUGUGAGACUUAGAAUCGUUCUCUUCAUUGUUUUUUUUAUUUUAUAGACAAUAAAUCUAUAAAUGUUGGCUAUUUGUGUGUACACAGUGUAAAUACAACGCAAAGAGAGUGUUUAAAUAAUAAAAUAUGUAGCAGUAGCAUUUAUGUACAAUGAUUGUUUGAUCACACAUUGCGACAUUACCAUAUCACCAUGGCUUGUGGCUUGUCGACUUACGGGGACUUUUCCAAGGAACAGUCGGAGUUCUCAGACAAAUGGAGCAGGUUUUCGGACUGGUUACACUGUAUUUGUGUCGUUACCUUCGACUUGGAGCUCGGGCAGGCGAUGGAAAGCGUGUACCCUCCUGGAGUGAAGUUAUCCGACCAGGAGAAGUGUAAUAUUUGUUAUUUGGCGUUCCCUGACUCCAACUCUGGAUGUAUGGGCGACACGCAAUUUCACGUGAGGUUACGUUCUCGAACAGCUUUAACAAAUCAACAAAUUAUUUACAAUGAGGAUUCAGUACCUACUCUGCGUGCGGAUUCUUCGCAUUAUUGGGGAUUCGUGUACUUCCGGCAGGUGAAAGACCCUUCCUUACCUCGCGGAUAUUUCCAAAAAAGCAUUAUAUUGCUGACACGGUUGCCAUUUAUAAAUUUAUUUUAUAAAGUAAUAAAGCUUAUUGCACCAAAACACUUUGAAGAUGGUGAGAGAAGCUUAGAGGCUGCUUGUCACGACAUUAACAGAUGGCCAGUACUGGAUUCAGGACAAAAUGUACUGUUACCAGUAUUAGGUUCAGUUUUUCAGUCAUAUAUUCCUAACCAACAGACAGGAAAGAUUACAAGGUCAGACAUAGCCAAGCAAGUUGACUCUUCAAAUAUACCUCAUAUUGUAGCAUCCAUACAAGAUGUUAAUGUUUUUGAUGCAUUGUCUACAUUAAUAUCUCAUUUACAUUUAUUGUGGGAGUUGGUAUUAACUGCUGAACCAAUAGUAGUAAUGGCAAGUUCACCAACAGAAUGCUCUGCAUUAGUCCAGGCUCUAACCAAUUUGAUCCAGCCACUUCCAUAUUCAGCAGAAUAUAGGCCAUAUUUCACUAUACAUGAUAGUGAAUUCAAAGAGUUUACUAGGAAACAAUAUAACCCACCACAUGUUAUUCUCGGCGUGACAAAUCCAUUCUUCACAAAAACAUUACAACAUUGGCCACACACAAUUAAAUUAGGUGACUCUACAACAAUUAAAACUAAACUCCGUAAAGUUGGUAAUACAAAGCUACUAGACACUGCACCUGGAGUUUACACACAGUACAAGCCAUUUUUAGAGAAAGAUAAAGCUAUAAUAAAGAAGUUACACAAUGGAAUCAGGACUGAUCGACCUUCUGAAGUUCAAACAGCAAUGGUUAAGAGACACUUGUUAGAAUUGACUCAGAGCUUUAUGAUUCCAUUGGAGCGGUAUAUGGCAUCCUUAAUGCCUCUUCAGAAGAAUAUAUCUCCGUACCGGGCACCUCCUGUGCCCAAUCCGUUCAAUCCUGAGGACUUUUUUGCAACUUUACAACAAUCCGGACCUCAAUUGACAACUGGGAUUAAAGGAGACUGGAAUGGUUUAUAUAGAAAUUUCUUUAGGACACCUAACUUUAGUGCAUGGUUUCACCAAAGACAUAGCAAAUUAACAAAUAAACUCCAUGCACUACAAUUAGAGGCAUUAGCUGAAAGCGAUUUAAAGAAUUGGUCGAUCGGUAAGAAGGAGGUUGAAAUAGUAGAUAUGGUGUUGAAAUUGCGUGAAGUUCUCAAAAGCAAUCCACCAGUUGCUGAUAAUACUAGAACACUGUUGGCCAGGCGAUUGGAUGAUCUCAAUUGUGUGUUGCCCGAUGACAUGAAGUCAAUACUGAAUGCUCCCACGUGACAACCAAACUGCUGCACCUCGGAACUGAGAGGCUGCAGCGGAGACUGCAACAUUCAGUUUGGAUCACAGAAUAUUUCUAUAGUUUGUAUAUAAAAAUCUACCUAUCCUAUGAAAUAGGCCUAGUUUUACUUUAAAAUGUUAUAUAAGAAUGUGUACAUAAUUACAACAUCGAAAAUUCAAUGAAAUUUUUUUGUAAUUAUGAAACUUUAUGUGUGAUUGUGAACAAUUAUUAUUCUUCCAUAUAAUGUAAUACAGGGUUGAUACUAAACAGUACACUAAGUUAAAAGCCAGUGAUUCAUGAAAAUUAUUAAUGUAACU